ACACAAAACCUUCUUCACAAAUGUGUCCCCAUUGCACUGGGAGUGGGGGUCUCGAAACAGGGUUGACUGAGAGGAAUGCUGUCUGCAGCCUCGUGACCUGCAAACGGAGGAACGCGCGCACUUGGCAGACCGAGCAAGGAGAGGAUAACAAGAAAAACAGGCCUCUGACACGCACCGACAACGAUUUUGUGUUCUCAUAAGCAGCUAUGUACACGCUCACACACAAAAAAGGGUGUGCGUAACAGGGACCAUAGUGGCCCACCUGAGGACCGAAUUAAGACUCCCCUUUGUCUAUUUUUAACUCGUUCACCGAACAAAAGAUGGAAUCGCAUCUUUGUUAGUUUGUAUUUUCUAACCUAUAGGCUAGCAUUUAAAACACUCGAUGUUAGUGAUCCGCCGGUCUCUGUCUCGAGCCAGAGAGCACGCGCGGAAAGCCCGAAGCACCCACUCUUUCCAGUGACAAAACAACAGGGCUGCAGCCUGCUGCAGAGAGGAUUCCUGAUGACCUUAUAUGGCAGUGUGGGGGAGCAACAACACGCUCGAGCUCUCAUGGCAACCGUCCAGAGCUCUCGGAUUACUGCUGUUACCAGGGCGAGUCAGCCUAGCAACCGACAGCCAAAUUUAUUAACGUGUCCUUCCUUUCACGCACUGUCGUUUUUUAUUUUUCUUCUAUUUUACUUAUUAUUAAACAUACAUACAUACAUUCGAGUAAAAUCCCCCAUGUCGGUAUGUGUUAAGAUUUCCUGUUGUAUCACCGAGAAAUGUCCUUGGAACGAGGCUCUCUCACCGAGUGAACGAGCCUCUCCCAGUUAUGGCGCAGCAACAUAUCACAGCACAGUGCUCUCCUUUGUCUGUAAAGAAGCCAUUUUGAGGCAAGAGAACAGCAGAUAAACCAUUGAACAAGUGUAGCCUACACGUUACCAAAGGGUCUCUUUGGACAAGGGAAGCAGUGAAAUUUACGAGAUUUCUCCCCAUAAGAUUCCUUUGCUCGUUUAAGACUUGGAUUAGGAUGUUUUGAAUACUAAACUGAGACGCUAUCCCACCCCUUAUUAAUGCCAUUAUUAGAGGAUCCGAAGAUGGAGCUGAAAACAUUCCUCCUGCCCCUGCGUUUAGGCCUGUUAACUGCUUUUCACCAAAUUGCUGAGGUUUGGCGAACGGCAUGGACAGUCAUCCCGUCUGCGGCUCAGCGGAGAAGCGGAGUCACCACUGGAGAAGUUACAAGUUGAUUAUCGACCCGGCGCUGAAGAAAGGACCACACAAACUGUAUCGCUACGAUGGACAGACUUUCAGCAUGCCCAAUCCCGGGAUACCACCGGUGGAGAUGGUCCGAGACCCGAGGAUCGGUCGGCUCUGGACUAAAUACAAAGAGACGGACCUACCGGUGCCGAAAUUUAAGAUCGACGAGUGUUAUAUCGGCCCUGUGCCUCCAAAGGAGGUGACAUUCGCCAGGCUGAACGACAACAUUCGGGAAGGAUUUCUCACCGACAUGUGCAAAAAGUUUGGAGAAAUCGAGCAGGUGGAGAUCUUGUACAAUCCGAAGAACAAAAAGCACCUGGGGAUUGCCAAAGUUGUUUUUGAGAAUGUGAAAGCCGCCAAAGUGGCCGUGCAGUCGCUUCACAAGACGUCUGUUAUGGGAAACUUCAUCCACGUGGAGCUGGACCCGAAAGGUGAGAAUCGCCUUAGGUACUUCCAGCUCCUGAUGAAUGGCAGCUACACUCCGCAGACCCUGCCUGUUGGUGGAGAGGAGGCCAGAGAAGUUUCCCCUCGUAGCCUGGCAGAAGCCUUACUGGCCUGCGAGCCCAUCCGCAGGUUGUCAGAGAGCAGUGUGUCAGCUGUUGGAGGAACACUGCCACCCAGCAGCUCCACCACUCCUCUGUCCCUGGAGACAGGCUACUCCAGCCUAAGGCAGGACACACCCCAGUCCCAGGGAACCCCUCAUACCCCACGCCAGACAGGUACGCCCUUCUCUCAAGACUCCAAUUUCUCCAGUCGGCAGUCCACACCGGCGUACCAGUCCAGCCGGGCUGAGAGCUCUGGAGGUUACAAAUCUCGCAGACACGAGAGUAAGUUCCAGGAUGCGUACAACCGCAGACCGGAGAGGCCUCAGUACCGCAGCAACAUGUACCGAAGCACGACGUCUGAACAAGCUCCCUUCAAACAGCACCAACUCACCCCACCUGAACCGCCACCCUCCACCCCUUCCUUCACCUACACAGCUCCUCCCCCCGCUACGCCCAACUUCAACUCCGCCUUCUCGCCCUACCAGGCUCCUUUGCCCCCCGCGUUCCCCCCGUCAGAGCCUGCUUUCCAUCACCCAGCCCAAAGGGAGGGCGAGUACCUCCGACCGCCACAGCCGCCUCUGGCAGCUGCCACUGACUUUUUGCCCGUCAAGGAGAGACCAGAAACUCCUCCGAUCCCAGAGCCCCCGCCGGAGCCCGUGCCCCAUCCAACCACCCCUCCUCCUCAAACACCAGAGCACUGCCCCUCACCUGGCUCCCCCACGCUUGAUCCAGAGCGCAAUAGCCUGGAUUCCCGCAUUGAGAUGCUCCUCAAGGAGAAAAGGACAAAGUUGCUGCCGUUCCUGGAGACGCGAGACUCAGACACUGAGGUGCGAAUGGAUGGAAGUCCAAUUUCCUCCUCAUCCUCUCAGCUAUCCCCAAUUCCCCCUUACACGAGCGGCUCCCAAGGUGGCCACCAAAACUCCCGUCCCUCUAGCACAGGCUUGGAGGAUAUAAGUCCGACCCCACUUCCAGACUCGGAAGAUGAAGAGCCAGUUCCUGGAACUGCCUCCCUGAUCAAGAGAAUCAGUUCUCCUGUCCAGGAGAAGACAAGGAACAGUGACCUCAAAGAUGGACAUUUUCGAGGCCACACUCCCACUGAAAAAAUGGAAACGGGUCAUCAGUCGUCGGGAGAAGACAUGGAAAUCUCUGAUGAUGAGAUGCCCGGGACUCCAAUCUCCGGUGGAGACUGUGGAAAGGGCAUUGUCAUGAACUCUGCGGUGUCUCCGAUGCAGAGCAUUUCCAUCCCUCCUCCCGGCUUCCCUCCUCUCCCGCACCAGGCCGGCUUCCAGAUCUCACAUCACCACCUGGCCCCUCACUCUGCUGUCAUGGCCGGUCAUCCCGGAGUGCCUCACCAUAUGCUACCACCCAUGGGUCCCUACCCUCAUAGCAUGAUGCCCCUGGUGCAAAUGGAGCUGAUGAACUGCUUGCGGUGGGAACAGUGGAGCACCGUUCCCAUGUCCUUCCAGAUGCAGCAGCAGAUGCUGAGUCGCAUGGCUCAGACUAGAGGGCCCUAUCCUUAUCCACAUUUUAUGGACAGUGGUGCAUCUGGGCCAUAUGGGGGACCCUACGUUCCUCUGACUAUGGGUGCUACGCCUGCUAGCGGCGCAGCACCCGAACAAUGGCAGCAUCCCAGUAUACCAAAGUUCAACCCUACUGUUCCUCCUCCUGGAUAUGAGACUAAAAAGGAGGAUCCCCACAAAGCCACUGUUGACGGUGUGCUGCUGGUCAUUGUCAAGGAGCUGAAGGCCAUCAUGAAGAGGGACCUCAACCGCAAAAUGGUGGAGGUGGUGGCUUUUAGAGCCUUUGAUGACUGGUGGGAAAAGAAGGAACACUCAGCAAAGGCAUCUUUGACACCAGUGAAGGGUGCAGAGGGAAAGGAAGAAGAAAGACCCAAACCCAAAGAAACGAUGGGUUCAAGUCUGCUGGAGAACUGGAACAAGGGCGAGGGACUGGGCUACGAGGGAGUGGGCCUGGGAAUCAGUUUGCGAGGAGCCAUACGCCUGCCCUCCUUCAAGGUAAAAAGGAAGGACCCGCCUGAGGCUGCAACAGCAGGGGACAACAAACGAGCCCGACCCUCCACACCAGUGGAUGACGAGCUGGAGGAUGAGGACCGGGAUCGAGACCCAGCCGAGCUCCCAUCGGACGAUUCUAAAAUGGAUGCCGACGCUGCAGCAGCGAAGCGACGGCACUCGCGGCCACUUGAACUGGACAGCGAGGGAGAGGAGGAGCUGGACACCUCAGGAAAGGAAGAGUCAUUGUCUGACAGGGAGGAGGAGCCUGAUGAAACUGAGGCGACAGACAGGCUGUCGUCAGGCAAAGAGAGUGGCAAUGAAGAGGGUGAUGAUGAAGACUCAUCCAGUGAAAGCGCUUCCUCCGAUUCGUCUGAUGAAGAAGCUGAGAGUUCAGCGUCCUCUAAAGCUAGUUCAGACUCUUCAGCAGAAAGUGCGGACUCCUCCGAGUAUGAGUUAAGCUCGGAAGAGGAUGAGGUGGAAGAACAGGAGGCGGUGGCAGCACUAGAUGUGGAGGCUGAAGGCAAAGUGGCCCAGACUUCCUCGUCCUCUUCAUCCUCAUCAACGUCGUCUUCUGAUGAAGAGGAGGCGAAGACUGAGACCAAUGCACUAAGCCAUCCUGCGGGACCGGUCCCAGAGGAUAAGGAGAACCUGAGGAGGAGACCUCCUAGUCCUGCGGAGGAGGUGACGGGGGCCCUGAAGCCGCCAUCACCCAAAGGCAUCCCAGUCAAUGAGCGAGACCUCAGUGUGGACCGUGACAUUCCUGUAGUGAAGUCUGAACCUCAGGAACAUGUAGCAAACCUCCGGCCACCCACUCCCACAGGCGCCCUGCCUGACAGCGACCAGGAGACAAAAGCCAAAGGUAAAGCAGAGCCCGAGGAAGUACCCUGCACCCCCAGUCGAUUAGCCCCAUCCCACAUAGAUGCGAACACACCUGUCCCCAAAUCUGUCUCCGCAUCUUUAAUGCACCUCCCUCUCCCUCCACACCCGGCAGUAGAAGGUCGUUCCCUCCUUCAUCCGCCCCCUGGUCCCCUGCCUGACCUCCCUCAGCGGGCCAGGCUCCCAACAGACGAGGAUAUCCCCCGCACGCCGGGCAGGGACCUGAUGGAGCGUGCCCGAAGUCUGGGCAAGUCUCAGAGCACGGACACGGUGCCCAUAACACCCGGUAGUGAUGCCCCGCUGACGGGCAGCAGCCUGCUGCUUAGCUCCCCUCACAUCCCCGGUAGCCCCUUUUCCUACCCUGCACAGUCCCCUGUCCUUAGUGCUGGAGUCCCCCGCACUCCAGGAAGAGACUUAACCUUUACCCCUGUCUUCCCUGACCCCACAGCACUGACUCUUAACAGGAAAAUAUCCUCUGAGAGCCUGGACGAUAGACCAGUUUUUAAGGAGCCGCCCAUCUGCGCUCUGCCUAACCAGGCCCUGUCAGCUGGAGCAGAGCAUUCAGCCAGUGUCCCUGAAGAUCUGCCCACUGGUCUCACUCUAGAUGUCCCUGUCUCAUCAGAUACUGCCCCAUCAAAGAGGAAACCUGGACGACCCAAAGGCAAAAAGACCCCAGCUGUUUUAGCAGCUGAUGAGCCUUUGGAGCUCUCAUCCGAGUCCACCCCUUUGCCUCACGACGCACACCUCGGCGAUCUAUCCACGCAAACGAUAUCUGCCAAGUCCCCCGACCACCCGAGCCUGGACUUCCGGGAAGGAGAGGUGAAGCCUCAGACGGUCCUGCCUGCCGAAGACGGCUUCCUGUCCUACGAAGAAGAGGCACCUGUGGCCGUAAAGCCUCCGCGGAGGGCACGGCGAUGCUGGGAGGAGCUCCUGCUGGGCAGCCUGUCCCCCGUCACCUCGCCUCCCCGGCCAUACUUCAAAACGCGCUCCGAGUUUGAGGAGAUGACCAUACUGUAUGACAUCUGGAACGAAGGCAUAGAUGACGAAGACAUUCGGCUUCUGCAGAUCACUUAUGACAAGAUGCUCCAGCAGGAUAACGGCAACGACUGGCUCAACGACACGCUCUGGGUCAACCAUCCAUCUACCAACAUCCCCCGAGUGAAGAAAAAGAGAAGAGAUGACGGCAUGAGGGAUCACGUGACCGGCUGCGCGCGAAGCGAGGGAUACUACAAGAUCGACAAGAAAGACAAGAUCAAGUACCUUCAGAGCACAAAGCUGCAGUCAGAGGAGCCGCCGUUCGACACACAGGGUAUGAGUAUUCCCGCACAGGUCCAAGCCUCUACAAGAGCUGGCUCGGAGCGGCGGUCGGAGCAGCGGCGUUUGCUGUCCUCGUUCGCGUGUGACAGUGACCUGCUGAAGUUCAACCAGCUGAAGUUCCGUAAGAAAAAGAUCAGAUUCUGCAGGUCGCACAUCCAUGACUGGGGUCUGUUCGCUCUGGAGCCCAUCGCUGCAGAUGAAAUGGUCAUCGAGUACGUGGGGCAAAACAUCAGACAGGUGAUUGCGGACAUGCGGGAGAAGCGCUAUGAGGAGGAGGGCAUCGGCAGCAGCUACAUGUUCCGCGUUGACCACGACACCAUCAUAGACGCUACGAAGUGUGGCAACUUCGCCCGUUUCAUCAACCACAGCUGCAAUCCCAACUGUUAUGCGAAGGUCAUCACGGUGGAGUCUCAAAAGAAGAUUGUGAUCUACUCCAGACAGUCCAUUAACGUCAACGAGGAGAUCACGUACGACUACAAGUUCCCCAUCGAGGACGAGAAGAUCCCCUGUUUGUGUGGGGCAGAGAACUGUAGGGGAACGCUGAACUAACAUCCAUGUGAGGUCAAUCGUCUCCAGGGUGUAAAAGUGCUGUCCUCAGACUGGGCUAUUUUGGAGCAAGGAGAAGAAACCUGCUCGUCUGUAGGGCCCUCUUCACAUAUUUAACUCUAGAUUUGUUUACGAUUCAUGGUGCUCUUGAAAUAAAAAAAAAACACAUAGUUUUUUAUGUCUGCCAGUGACCCAGAACUUACUUAAACACUUGACUUGCUGGUGCAGCAUUUCCUCUUCAAAACGUUGGGACAGUAUUUCAGCAUGGCUCCUUCCACAUCCAGUCCUGGUUUGUACAGUUUUACACUUCUCGUUUGUCUCAUAAGCUUUACGUAGACCACACGUGGUACAAAAACAACAACACAGACUCACAUGUUCAGCUGCUUACUAACACUGUUGAGACGCACAAGCCCGCCAGGAAAACGCCUCUCUGUGGGAGAAGACGUGGUCGGGCACCUGAGCAGAUGGGAUGAUGGUGGCGUGUCGCGGCCCGACACCGGACUGCAACCCUGCUCUCUCGCUCCUACCUCCUCUGCACCAGUUUUCUUGGACAUUAAUCAAACCGAUAAAAGAAAAUUCAAGCAAAACAAAUGGUUAAACCCUACCACAAAAUAUGGAAUAUUUGGAUAUCAUGCCUGCUUUCACCAGCCAAUAAUGGAUCAUGCUGCUUCCUAUUUGUUUAUGCAAAAAAGGUAAAGAUGACAUUUAGAAUUAAGGAGGGAGGUCAAUUAAUGAUAUUCCAGUGUUUUCCAGUUUUGUUUAGGUAGUUUUCUUCUUGCUUGUUUCUUCAAAGACACUAUUUGUGUGUGUGUGUGUGUGUGUGUGUGUGUGUGUGUGUGUGUGUGUGUGUGUGUGUGUGUGUGCGCG